AUGGACUUUCUCCUCUCUGAUGUCCUCAGCAGGUUCCUCAUGAAGGGCGAAACCCCCGUCAACAGCACGAUGAGCAUCGGCCAAGCUCGCAAAAUGGUGGAACAGCUGAAGAUCGAGGCCAGCAUGUGUAGAAUAAAGGUGUCGAAAGCGGCCGCCGAUUUGAUGACCUACUGCGAUGCCCACGCCUGCGAGGACCCCCUCAUUAGCCCUGUGCCCACUUCGGAAAACCCCUUCCGGGAAAAGAAAUUCUUCUGCGCCCUGCUUUGAACUAUUUUUGCUCCCACUUGCCCGUCCCUCAUCCCCGACUCUGGGUCGUGUCCUUUUCCUUCACCACCACCACCCUUAUACUCAUCAAUCUGUAUGGAAUUGGGUUAUUGCAGGACCCUUGGCUUCCAAGCUCCUAUCACUGAAGGUAUAGAAGUAGGGGGAGGGGAGGUUGUCUUCAUGGCGGAUCUAUUUUCUCCUGCAGAGGACCCCCCCCCCAAUUCUUAUUUUCGCAAACGCUUCCAAAUUCAGGAAGCAGUUCCUUUGAAUAAUACAGAGCGUUAUUAUCAAAGGAACAGCCUCAUUUCCACCCCCCCAAAGAUGGGGGAGCUGCGGUUUGCUUAGGGGGUGGGGGAAAAAUCAGGGUACCCAAAUACCCUCCCUCAAUUCGAUCAACGAGUCAAGCCACCAUUGCAAUCCUAUAAAGCCCAGGAUCCAAGCUAGGGAGUUUCGUUCCGGCAUUCACGUCAGCAUCGUUCCCACCAACUUCACACCAUGGUUAAAAGUUUAGCUCCGAAUCGAGGUUAUUGAAGCCAGCCCUCUCCUCCUCCUCUUCCUCUUCCUCCCCUGCCCCAAAGGUCUCUCCCCUCACCCCGCCAGGAAGGGCAGAAGGUUUCCACGACAAGCCACUGGUUCUUCUCACAACAUUUCACCAGUUCUGUAUGUCAGAAAGCACGGAAAGUUAAUAAAAUUUACUGGAGUUCAGUUCUUGCGGAUUGCAAGUGGUUGAGCGACAGAAUUCGGGCGGAACGGGGUGGGAAAAAUGGAGGAUUUGCUCAAACAAAAAAAAUGAUCUCUCAAAAGAAGAGAUCUCUAGAUUCAUAAACAUCCAGAUUGCCCUUCCACGAUCAAUCAAAAUGGCUGUGUGCUCGUGGAACAGGUAGUCUUCAAUUUAUAACCCACCGUUCAUUUAAUGACCGAAGUUAAAACGGCCCUUCCAUUCGGGAAGCCGGAUUCGCUUAACGAAUCUGUCCGAUUUGUUAAAUGACCACCAUAAAAACUGUCGUAAAAUUACAUCCGACUUACAACCG